AUGCGACAGGUGUGCAAGACGGACAAGGACACAUCGCUACGAACGUUCGUCAUCUCGCCUCCGCUUCAGGGUGACGUCCGCACCCAACGUCGCUUGAAUGACGCGCUCAGCUUCGACCAGGUGCUAGCGGCGGUUCAACCUCUCUCCGACACGCUGCCGGACCUUCCUCACGCUGUCGGUGAACUCACCGCUCAACUGAAGAUCUCCCGGGAGGAAGCUGCCGCUACCAAGCGUUUGCUAGUUCCCGUCCAGCUCCGAGUUGAGUCUCUGGAGACUCUUCUCAACAAAUCGACGGCUGAGGUGAACGGGCUUCAAGCGAAGAUCAAGUGCCUCAAGCCAGCGAACGUUCGCAUUGGCUCUCCGCUCGAAAAGAGUAAGGAGUCAAUGGACGUUCAGACAGAGAACCUUCGGCUCGCCAUGAACUACGCCGAGCAGAAGCAAGACAUCAUCGACGCCUUGGACAAGCAGAUUGAGAAGGAACGCGAGGUCUUCAAGACGACGGUCAGCGCGAACACUGAGAACACUCGCAAGCUUCAUGACCUUCUGCUCAAGGCUACGCGGGGUACCUGGGUCGAUGCUGACACUGCUGCGUUGAUUGCCGAUCUAAAAGACCGCAAUUUGCACUUACUCCGUACCAACCGCGCUCUCCGAGGGUUCGUUAGCUUCGCCGGCAUGGAUCCCAACCUCUUGCUCUCGCCAUCCAAGGUCUUCGGGCUGCCGAGGUCGACCUCUCAACACUCGGCCUUGACCAGGAUACGUUCCUCGCUCUUCAGCGAUUCCAACAAGAGGCAGGCGACCAAGAAGAUCCCUCAGAGUAGUGCUCCCAAGCGAAGUCGUCAUGGAAGUGACGAUGGCAGCUCCGAUGAUUCAUCUGAGGAGAAGACCCCAGUUCCAUCUGGUCGAGGUAGCAGAGCAGGUUCGGCAGCUGCUACUGGCGAAGGAUCGGUUGCGGCUGCUUCAAGUCCAACUCCCAGUCGUCGAGGUCUCCACAAGCCAAAAGCUUGGAAGAACAAGCCGAAUUCCAAGCGUCAGAAGACUGCCUCGCGCUCGCAGGCUUCAGCUCGUUCCCAUUCCAGCCAGAUUUCUCGCCGCUCGACACCUCGGCCACCUGCACGUUCGCCUUCAGUAGCCCAUGCGAAAUCGUCCGUAAGUCGCCCGAGGUCUCGUUCGCAUUCUGUGUCGAGUCAUCCGGCUACAUCGAAGUCUCCAGCCUCUUCAACGUCCGUUCCUGCUACUCCUUCCAAGGCUGAACCGUCAAAGGACGACCAACCUCCGGCGGUCGUGGACUUAACGCAAGAUGGGAGUGACGAGGACAUGGAUGAGGGACCAACUGCAGUUCCGACAGUACCCGAGGACACGGAGGUGACUCGCCAAGCUUCACCGACUCCUCCGACAUCUCUCCAACGCAGCAACGUGGUUUCUCCACCGUCGCGUGCUUCUUCGCCACCGGCUGUUGCCUCCCCACGGGAUCCUACCUCUUACGAACUCGAGAUGCAGCUAUUAUUUGGAUCUGACGACGAUGAGGAUGCUCCAAGCGGUUCAAAGGCAUCCCGCGAACCUGCGGGGCUGACGUCUCCUUAUCGCUCUUCCUCUGAUGAAGAUACUCCGUCACCUCCCCAGCGUUCUGACCGCGCACCGAUUUCCAAGCAACCAUCAGUUCCGCCCCCUCGAUAUCCCGAUUCUUCCGAUAGCGAUGAGGGUGGCUCCAGCAAUGGUUCUCACGACCGUGAUGGAGCUGGUGGAGAUGAUUCUCAUAACGACGAUCCUUCGUUCAAUUUUCCUUCUGGUGAUACUGCUGGUGAUGAAGAUAUUCCGCCGUCGACCGAAGUUUCUCGAGCAUCCGCUGUUGUCGAGGGUUCUGUUACCAGUGUUCCGACGACUUCUUCCCCAGGAGCUCCCCGAAGCUCCGAAUCGUCUCCUCUGGUUGCCGAUUCCGCAUCUCGUGAAACCUCGUCCGGGGCGCCUCAAGUUUCGUCUCCAAUGGGGCUGGUCCCGGGCGAGUAA